AUGAACCUCUUAAAUCUCUUUCUUUCCCUCAUCAGCCUCUCCCUCGUCCAGGUUGGCCCAGCGCUCGGCGCCAAAUCCACAGCAACAUCCUUCUGCAAAUGCAUCUGCUUCAACAAUAGCACAAUCAUUGCGUUGAACCCACCUCCUUCUUCAACGAGCGCCUCCGCAAUCCAUAAUCUCGACAUGAGAUCUCCGCGCGCACUGGCGGCGGGUGGGGGAUCUGAUUCCAACCGCGAAUCCGGAAAAGAGAAGGAGCCCGCGGCACCCUCACGACCACACCACAAACUCACCUGCGCGGACUGCACGCGGGCCUUCUGCCUAGAUUAUAACCUGCCGAUCUGCAAGAAUGCGCGGGACGAAGAUGUCUUCACGACAUGUUUCCAGCGGGACUCCCUCAAAGACGAAACCGUCGUCGUGAUAUUCAUCUUCGCCACAGCCGGACUGUUGGCCUGGGCAAUCGUAAAGCCCUGGAUCGACCGAUUGAGGGAGAAGAAUACAUUUACGCCAUUGCUGCAACACGACCGAGGGGAUCGGCAACAUUACACUUCCAAUGCACGAGCACAGAAUGUGCAAAGGAACUCCAAAGGGCCCCGUCGCGCUGGCUUCGGGAACGUUGGCGGAGGAGAGGACGAAACUGGAAGUGGAAUUAGAAGCGGCAAUGGAAAUGGAAAUGGAAAUGGAAAUGGGAUGGGAUCACGCAGGGGAGGACAAAAUUCUGCCAAUGUUCCAUAUGAUGAAGAUAUGCAUGCAGACCAAGAUGCCAUGGACAUAGUCUCCGGCACGCCGUCGGGAUCAGGCUCUCGUCCUUGA